CGAGACCACGGCCGUCGCACCAAUUGCUUCGAUGGCAGCCUCGACUUCUGGGAAAGGGACGGUUUCGUCUCUGGCAGCUGCUCAUGACAGGUCGUGCAAUAGCGUGGCCACCGUCGUCCAAAGAGGCCAGUCUGCAGAGCGUCACGUUGCACAAGAUCUGCGUCGCGUCCGAGUUGUGAUCCACGCAGACUCGUACAAAGGUACCUAUUGCCGCCAGAGGCCUUGGGAAACACUCAGUGUCACAGCCGCGGGGGCACUGCGCAGAAGCGGUGAACCCGCUUUGCGAGACUCAUGACGGGAUCACACUGAAAGCACGAUCUGGAGCAACACGAAGCCAAGCUCAGCGCGAGCUUCAGGCGCCGCUGUCUUCGCCGCCUGCGCAGAACACGCUCGUUCUAAUAGACAGGAAUGGCACCUUGGGGCCGCAACCAAGGAUGGGAAUUACCCGGGCUAGGGCUGGACCAUCCAGAUCUAAUAAUGGCUUAAAGUUGCAGCUAAGAACCUUGCUAUUUCUCGUUUAACUCAGCCACGGCAAUCUAAACGAUCAGUCCCCAAACUUUGCCCACCUCGAGGACUAUUUUCUGACACGCCCCCUUGGGUAAGCGUUGCUCCGGCACGACGGCUUGGCCCGUAUGUUUCGAGGAAGACAAUGACUUCGGAUCGUGUGCGUUUUCGCACUCGCCUCCUGGAAUCGCCAGACUAUCGUGGUUGCGCACGCUUUCUCGUCUGAACAAAGCCGUGAAAGUCGUGCGGGACGGGAUGAACUGCACCCCCUAUGCGGCAUUCACCUGUCCCCUUGUGUCGAUCAUGAUUCUCUUCUCCGGCUCAAACAUCGUUGCUCGGCGGUCCCAAGCCUAGCGCUCCAUCGUGGCGACGCCACUUCAGCCGUCCCCUGUACGUCAGAUCAACAGGCACGGCUCGGACGACUGUCCUUGCAAUGCCACAGUUGCAAAGCAAAUAUAGUCAUUUGGGCCAAGAAUCCUGACAGGCUGUACAUCUGGACCUGCAGGGCUGCUGGUCUCAGGCUUGCCUCGCUAACCCUAUUCUGCACGCAUGCAGAGAUCAUAAAUAUCUUUACCAUCCACACCUGGCCAAGAUCACUCCCCAUCCGCCUUCGCUUCCUUUCCAAUUUCAUAUAUACCAUUGGUUACUACCCAACACUCGUUGAGCACAUUUGAGUAUAUUUUUCUUUCCUAGGUUUGGUUUCUCUUCUUACAAUAUAAUGUAUUCGUUGUCGACCAUAGGCGCUGGCCUAUUGGCCUUCACCUCCCUCUCCUCCGCUCUUGUUGCUCGUGGUGGCUACACUGCUUGCACGAAUGGUGCUUCCUCACGCCAAUGCUGGAGCGAAGGCUUCGAUGCCUCCACAGACUUCACAAAGAAGUGGCCCGAAACUGGCAAGGUUGUCACUUACGAACUUGAGGCGACAAGUGAGAUCAUGUCGCCAGAUGGCUUUGCCAGGCCAAUGAUGGUCUUCAACAAACAGUACCCAGGCCCAACCAUCGAAGCCGACUGGGGCGACAUCAUUCAAGUGACAGUCAAGAACUCGCUUCCGGACAACGGUACCUCCAUUCACUGGCAUGGCUUGCGACAGCUGCAUUCCAACCAGAUGGAUGGCACUAACGGUAUUACUGAAUGCCCAAUUGCUCCGGGUCAAAGCAAGACGUACACUUUCAAGGCCACUGAAUACGGCACCUCUUGGUAUCACUCCCACUACUCGGUCCAGUAUGCUGAUGGUCUGGUCGGUCCUAUCAAGAUCAACGGUCCUACAACUGCCAACUACGACGUUGAUCUUGGCGUUAUCCCACUCACUGACUGGUUCCACACCCCCGUCUUCACUGUUCUGGCAUCUCGCCCAGCUGCUCCGCCAACCUCAGAUUCUAUCUUGGUCAACGGAAAGGGCGUUCUGAACGGCUCCGGCGAGUAUGCCAAAAUUGUCCUUCAGGGCGGCAAGAAGAACAAGAUCAGCUUCGUCAACACCGGUAUCAACGCUUAUCUGCACAUCGCAAUCGACAACCACCAAAUGCAGGUUGUGGCUGCCGACUUCGUUCCAAUCGAGCCAUUUACCACCGAGACUCUCACCAUUGCUGUUGGCCAGCGCUACGAUGUUAUCAUUGAUGCCAAUCAGGCUGUUGGCGCGUACUGGUUCCGCGUCGCCACAGGAGGUGGACAGUGCGAUGGCCCCAACGUCAAGGCUUCUCUGAACGACACCCAGGGCGCCAUUGUCGAGUAUGCCGGCUACACUGGUGGUAACCCAACAACUAAGUCGUAUGCUCUCCCCACUGGGUGUACGGACCAGCAGUCUCCCCUCAUUCCUUACCUGAAGACGAACAUCCCCGCUCCAGCUUCCCAGCCAACAACUCUUGAUUUGACACUCGACACUACGGCUGGUGUUUUCUGGAAGGUUAACGGCGAGGCUAUCGACAUCCUCUGGACUACCCCGACGCUGAGCUACAUUGAAAACGGCACCUACACGCUACCAGCCAACGACAAUGGUCUUUCUGUUACCGGUGAGGGCUGGACGUACUGGACUAUCCAGAACGAUACACCUCUUCCCCAUCCCAUCCAUCUUCACGGCCACAACUUCUUCGUUAUCGGCGAUGGUGCUGGCAGCGGUCAGGGUGUUGCCUACAACCUGACAAACCCAAUCUGCCGUGAUACCCACACUGUUGCAGCUGGUGGCUACCUUACCAUCGCUUUCGCCAUCGACAACCCGGGUGCUUGGUUGAUGCACUGCCAUAUCCCAUUCCACAUCUCCGGUGGUCUUGGUGUCCAGUUCCUCGAGAACCCAUCUCAGAUCCUCAAGACAGUUGGUGAUAUGAGCGGCUUCGAGGAAGGAUGCAAGACCUGGAAUGCAUACCAAUCAAGCAUAGUUGGCUUCCAGCAGGGUGACUCCGGUUUGAAGAGACGCGCUAUUCGCCGCGUCUAAACGCGCGCGCUUCCGUCAUGAUGUGUACGUGUGGCUGUGUAUAAAUCACUGCUUGUCUAUAUCACCGAAGCGGGUUGGGAGCAUUUGCAAGGCGUUUGAUGAGUGAAAGCGCAGCCUUGAGGCGCCACACACCCGCUUUCACGGGAGCAAAAGAAGGAAUGGUUUGGCUUUUGUUUUUGGUUUGCCCAAAUUCACUUCUUCGAGCAUUUGCCUGGCCUCUGUCUCUGGAUCAAAGCACGGAACCAUGUACAGCGUGGUCUAUACUUUGUACUUGCGAUCGCAGGUCUCGCAAGAGAAAUCGGGUUGUGCGGCUUAAUGUCUUAUUGUUACAGGAUACCCGUGAUGCCCAUGGGCCAAGGAGAAUAACUUUUUUUGUAUUGCCAUCUUGAUCAACAACCAUUGCCGAGCCCGUUUUCUGUCUCCAUUUACGACCACUUGUUUCGCCAAAUUCUAUUUUUAAUCAUCCAUUCAUAAGAAAACAAAAAUGCAUAAAAUUUUAACUUUCUAA